AUGGCGGACAACGGUAGCGAGGCACCUGCUGCAGGAGAUGCUGGAGUAGAGUAUAUCAAACUAAAAGUUGUUGGACAGGAUUCGAAUGAGGUCCACUUCCGCGUUAAAAAUGGAACUGCCAUGGGCAAGUUAAAGAAAUCUUAUGCUGAUCGCACCGGAGUUGCUGUAUCUUCAUUGCGGUAA